GAGAUCUAGCACAUAUUGCGCAAUUGCCAUAUAUCAGGUUACACUGUGUAACACAUGAAAAUGCAAGUUGAGAGAACAUGAUGUACUUGUUUAGUUAAUUGAAAAAAGAAAACACCUGAGGGGAUGUAAGCACGACUAUGCUAAUCCUUCAGCUCUCAUCACUCCUCACUCACUGUUCACAGUCAUACCAAAUCAGCAUCAUUCAGGGGACACUUACCACCAAACCUGGAUUGAAGGAUGACUGAGAUCAUGGAGCAUAAUGAUGAGCUGAAUGACUUGCGGCUUCAGUUUCAAGCGCUUCAAAAACAGCAGGAGAAAAGAAAACUGGAUAGGAAGAAGGAGAAAGAACCAGAUAAGCCUAAUGUCAGUGUUACACAGGAUGAGUUGGAUCUGUCAACACAAGGCACUCAGGCAGACAACCUGCCUGCAAAUGACAGACUUCUGCAGAAUGAGAAUCAGACUUUGCAAGACCAGCUGAGAGGGCUUAAAGAUGAAAAUGGUCGGCUCUUCAAACUUCUGAGUGAAAAGGAUUUUGAAAUUAAACACCUGAAGAAGAAAAGAGAGGAAGAACGACUGGCCUUGGCAGGCACAUCGGGCUUGGCAGGAGAUGUCGCAGCCACCAAGAUUGUUGAGCUGUCCAAGAAGAAUAGAGAGCUUACUGCUGAGAUUGAGCGAGAAAAGAUUAAGUCAAAGCAAAAUAGCAACAGAAUCAAAGAGCUUGAGAAAGAGCUUCAGGCUACUUUGAUGCACUCUUCACCUGGGCAAAAGAUAGAUACAAGGUCUCAGAGUAACAGGUUAUCUGAAGACUCUAAGCAGGAAAAUCCAGUGGUGAAAUCUCUACAGGAAAAAUUAGCUGCUGCCCAGCUGAAAGUGUCAGAGUAUCGCAACCAGGUUCAAUCUGUCAAACAGGAGUUGAAAGUAGCUCAGAAGGUUUUGAUCAGUGAGGUUGGAGAGGAAGUCAACCUUCAGCAGUUACUAAGCUCCCCAGGAAGCUUUAGAGGUCGCUCUCAGCAGAUACUGGCUCUUCAGACAAGGGUGCGGGACCUUGAGCAGCAGCUGAGCCAGUCAACUCAGCGGAGACAGCCAAGUGUCCUGAGUGUAGAGGAAGAGUUUCUUGGAACUGGGGUCCUUCUGAAAACCUCUCCUCAAGACAGGAACAUCAGCUACAUCCGCGCUGUCGAGAAGGAGAAGAGGGAGGCGUUCGAGAGGAUCUCAGUGGACUAUGAGGCCCUCCUGAAAGACCACGAGGAUGUGAGGAAAAAGCUGGAAGCCUCUAAAGCCAGGAACAAAUCUCUGUCUGCUGAAAUGAAAACUCUGAAGGUCCAAAUUUCCACACUGCUGGAGAAGGGUAAACAUGAUGAUGAGCUUGUGGAUGCUUUGCUGAAGCAGCAGACCCAGAUGCAGGAGGUGCUGAGACGGCUCAGCCGACAGCAGAACAAACAGAGCAGGGAGUCCCAGCAGAGCCCGAGACAACAACCGAGCAGUGAGCCUCCAGAGCACAACACUCUCAUCCAGAAUCUUAAGCAAGUGGUUGCUGAGAAAGAGGCAAAGAUCAAUGAACUAAAAGAGGAAAUCCAACAGCUCUCUGUCAAGGAAGAGGGCGUGGAAAGACAGUCCAGCCCCAAGACAACAAUUCGCAGUUCAGAUUUUUCCCCUGAAGGGGGAGACAUCAACAAGGGAAUAACAUCUUCAGGUUCACUCUCUAAAUUUGGUCAUAAACUGGUGCUGCCUACUGUGAGAAGUAGUAUAGAAUUAAAGGGCCUAGGUUCUUCGCAGUGUCCACAGUGUUCAGCUGAUGUGAGUUCACUCAUGACCCAGUGUAAUGAAUAUAAAAUCCUCUGCGUGGAGAAAGACAGACUCCUGGAGCUUGUGGAUAUCCUACAAAGAAAAGAAAAAGAGAUGAACCAGAGGUGUGUGGAGACAGAGCAGAAGUAUCAGGAGGAGCGCCGUAGGAUAGUGAUCCUGGAGCAGCAGCUGGAGAGGACAAAAUUAGAUUCAAAGACCCUGUGGGAGAUUGGCAGGUCCCCAUUGGACUGAGCGAGAAAGUGCCACAAGACAAAAAUAUCAGCGUUUGGAUGUGAUGAAGAAAGCCUUUAUGCUCAGAGUAACAAAAAACAGCUUGUGUUGAAUACCUCCAGGAUAGAAGGUGAGGCACCCUUUAAUGUAGCAGAGCGAGAUGUGUCAUUGGAGGGACAGAUUAGAUACCAUAAUCCUUAUGACUACAUGCCCUGCAGGAUUGCCAAAUAUGUAUCAACUGUAGUAAUGUGCGUCAGAAAGGGUGUUGAUGGAGCAAAUACUUGUCAUGGUCCCUAACUGCAUCCGAUUCCAGGGAAAAUGUUUAACUUAAUAAAUUUUUGAUUGGUUGUG